AAAUUAAAUCAUGCACCCACACUCUGGACCCCGCUUGGGAAGAAUCAAUCUUCGGACGGACUCUCUGCCUGAAAAGCUAUAAGGAACGCCCAACACAAUAGCGCUUUUUGUUCCCCCCCUCCGAGUCUCUUUUGUUUCCUGCUUUAGGGAGCUUCCCAACUACUACCGUGCUACUGUAUCCAUAUCACUAUAGACUAUGCCUGCCGUCCGUCUUUCGCACCGUCGACGGUCAUCCUUAGCCAUUACGGCUCUCCAUCCUAUCAAGGCAGGCAUCUACGGAAUCAACACAACGACUCCUUCACCACGAUCAGUUACAUUCGCACCUAAUGUCACACCAGUCACUUUUACCGAGACUGACGAGUCUUUAUCAUCGCCUACGCCAGAGCCGUCGUCUCCUACUACGCAGCUUUUCCCUCCUUCAGAGCUGCCCCCGACCACGACGAAGAGACGGGUACCUCCUGGCAAGCGCCGGUCGCUAGGGUACAUCCCACGUCCCCCGAAUGCGUUCAUGUUGUUCCGGGCGGACUUUGUGCGCCAGAAGCACGUUCCAGGGUCAAUCGAGACUAACCACGGUUCACUCUCGAAGAUCAUCGGAAAUUGCUGGAGAGCGCUUCCUCUUGAGGAAAAGCGAGUUUGGGAAAUCAAAGCCAAACACGCCAAAGCUGAGCACAAGGCGCGGUACCCUGAGUACCGUUUCCGCCCAGUCCAUAACAAGAACAAGGAGAAGAAAAAGGAAAAGGCUGCUCCCACUGCUGAGGACGAGCGCCGCUGUGAAGAGGUUGCUCAGCUCCUCCUUGAUGGAAUGAAGGGCGAGGAGCUCGCCGCUGCUAUUCGCCAGCUCGACGAAAAUAAAGUGUAUGCCCCUGCCCCCAUCUAUCAUCAUAGGCGAUCCUCUUCCGUACCGCUUCCGGAUUCGCGGUUCAAUGCGACUGGCAUUACCAUCCCGACGCUGCCUUUCUUCGCAGGCUCGCGUCCUGGGUCUCCUGUUGGAAAUAUCUCCCGCUCCGCUCGCUUCAUCCUGGGUCAGCGCAGAGCUUCGAGUGCUCAACCGGCUAUCCCCCGCUCUUGGGGCAUCGCUACACCUGCCUCCCUGCAGCGCGAUGAGUCUCCCCUCCCAGAGGCGGACACCAGCUUAUUUGAGCCAUCGUUCUUUAACUCGAACUUCUCUAGCCAAGCCACACACCCAGAUUUCGCAUUCAACUUCAACGAGAUGAUCUCCACUUUUACUCCGCAUGCAUCUCAGGACUUUGGUGGCAUUGCUCCCUUGGACCCAAUUCACGACCUAUCGAUCGACAUCAAUGCCAUGACAUUCGACCCGAAUGAUCCCUCAACCUGGAUGCCGACUGAGUACAACAACUCCCAGUCUGCAUCUUCAUCCCCAUACACCGGGUCCCCUGCACACUCCGACAUGUCUCUCCCGCUAGUCGCACCUCAGCCGCAGUACGUAGGUUCCCAAUUCGAGCAAUGGCAGGAUAUCUCUUCCCAGCAAUACAAUGUUCCUGCCAAGGGUUUGGACUGCUUGUUAGGCCCUGGUGAACAACAGAUCGCAGAGCCCCAACUCUCUUGCUACUCGACUGGCAUCGAGGGUUUGUUCCCACCGUUCGGCGUCAUGGAUACCCCCUCCAUCAUGGGUUUUGAAUACAACUCGUAUUGAUCAUCUCGACUCCACAUCUUUCUAUCUCCAUUUCCACGAUCUAUCACUUGUAUGUAUAGCUAUUUUUUUUAAUGGUUUCGGACUUCCUGCCUCCGAGCCGUUUUUCUCGCUGUUUUUAUAUGACCCUUACUUGCACGGUAUCGUUGACUUGUAGCUUUAUCACCUGCUGUGUUGGAUUGGAUCGCACCCCUUGUAGCCAUAUCGUUUCUGUUGUCUUGUGUGCCUGUCGUAAAUGAGCAAUAUUAUUAUACCCGUUGAACCUGA